UUUGCUCUUUCCAAAAUGAAUAUAGAAAUAUCUCAUUUGAAUAUGGCUGGAGACGCAGAACAAACAGAUUCAUCGGGUAAAUAUACUUUUGGUGGAGGAGCAGCAGCUGCGAAGAAGUAUUGGCCGACCAUUCUAAAAUCGAUCGAAGUGGUUUUAUGCAUAUUGUGCAUUGGUCUAAUCGAUGAUCCUGCUCAGAAUUCUCGUAUUCGCAUAUUUGUAUCGCAGCGAACCGUUGCGCUUUGCUACGUCACGUUUGGAUCCUUUCUAAUCUAUUCUAUUGUGUUCUUGAUUGGAAAACUCAUCCGUGAUGAAUGGCCAUGGAAAACCACAUCAAUUUUGGCAUGUGUUGCAACAUUCUUGUUCUUCAUUUGCGGAGUAUUUUUGCUGAAAGACUGGUCUGAUACAAAAGAACGGAACUUCUGGCCCCCGAAUACAACAAGAUUGGAUUUAUUAUGCGCCUCUGGAUUCAUGUCAGUCAUCACAGCCAUCACCUAUUUGGUCGACGCUAUUUUGAUGAUUCGCGCUGGUAAUCGAGGCGAAUUCGAAUACUAAAUCGUAUCGCGAGAGGUGGAACACGACAAUGGGAUGGAAAACAGCGAUCAAAUUGAUCAAAAGACAACGAAGUAAAAAAUGUUCAAAUUUUAGAUAACAGAAAUUGACGUCGUCAAUUUAGAAAUAGUUUUGGAAAGAGUUUAAUAUAUUUCUAAAAUAUUUUAUAAUGAUUAUGUAAAAUUUAGCCCAACUCUCACCAUGUUAUAUAUAUUGUACCACAGUUAUUUCCACGUAUACAGAACACAACAGAAAGUUACGUAAAAUUUAGAUGCAAUUUUUUCGAAUAGACAUACAUUCAGCAGGGAAUCAAAUGAAAUUCAAAAUUGGGGAAAACUCUCUAUUACGGACUAAAAAUCAAUCCAAGAAAAAAAAUUAUUUUUUAGAAAUCUGAGAGUAAAUUCUGGACGUCAAAUACUUUAUAACGCAAAUAUAUAAUUAAUGUUCAAUGGUUUACCAAAAAUUUUAACAAAUAGCAAUUAAACUAUAUUUUAGGCGCACUAUUGUUGAAAAGAGAAGUCAUUUCAAACAUUAUAUAGUAUAUGUUUAUGGUGAGAAGGAGAACAAAAGAAGGGACAUUUUAAACAAUCACAUAAAUUUCAAUGCACAUAAAAUACAAUUCAAAUCAUGCAUUUAUUUUAGAACAAUCACAAUACACGUACUUCUAAACAAAGGUCUAUGUACCAAGAAUGCAAUAAAUAUAUAUUUCAACUAUCAGUGGCCAUUCUAUUUAAAUAAAUCUGCAAUACAAUAUUUUAAACACCUUACAUUAUUCUCCUCGAAUCUUCAUUGUUGUAAUUAUGUUAUGAAUAAAUGACGUGUACAAAUUAAA